UUGUCGAUAAACCAUCGUUCUAACCACUUUUGUUCUUAAAUCACUCCGUUAUGACAAGAUUUUUCAUAUUUUCCGUUAUCGGACUGCUUUUAGCUGUUACCUCGGCGUCUCGUUUGGACAUUUUGGAGUCCGAGAGUGAGAGCAUGAGCGAAUCUGACGAAGUUUCGGAGGACAGCUAUCAGGAAAGUGAUGAGGAUUUGUCACCAGAUGACAUUAUUUUGCGCAAUUUGAAGGAAUUACUCCGAUAUGGGGAUCCAGAAUACGAUAUUCCGGUAUGGGCUCCUUUCGUUGAUGAGAUUGAAGAUGAGGACUUUGAUGGACCAAUUAAGGUAAUGUUAGAAGGUCUCGACGACUUUGACAAGGUUCAUACCGCACUUUACAUGGAGAGAAAUGCUGUCGAAUUCAAAUUAUUCUUUCCACAAUUAGACUUUAUGUAUUUAUGGACGUCGAAUGUUACGGAAGAUAGUUUUAUUGCCAUCAAAGCAAGUCAAAUAAACACAACUUUCGUUGGUACUAUUGAAUAUGAACCUCAGUCAAAGUGCGUUCGCUUAUUGGACAUCAAUGUUGAUUUGGAUUACGAUUUAAUUGAUUACGACAUCAUCAAACGUGGUGACGUUCCAACCAAUGCCGAAGAUGCAUUAAUUCAAGCUCUUACGUUCUUCCGUGUGGAAGACAAAGAAGAAAUUUUGGAAACUGCUGAAGGAAUGAUUGAAGAGGAGAUCAAGGAAGUCUUUGAUAAACUUCAAUGUUGGACUUAUUCAGAGGAAAAACUUCUCGUUUCCAUCACGAACGACAUCUAAAAUACAUUUUCCAUACAAAUGGAGGCGCAUGGUACUUACCAAAAAAUUUUUAAAAAAUAUUGUUGAAUUUUUAGAUGAACAAAAUAACAUGAAAUUACCUGAAAAUCGCUAAAAAGCCAAAUCAUGUUUGUAAUUAUUAAUUACUAUUUUUAUCUCUUGCCGGCACAGCACGCAAUUUCCGACAUCUGUCCGGCAUCGAUUAUCGUUGCACAUGAAUGACUGCGAAAAUGAGUAGGUAUGUCAGACUUUUAAUUUAUUGAUUUAAACAAAAAAAGAAUAUCAAACAUGACCACAAUAGGUAUUUAUCGUCAUCAUCAUA